AUGUCCGCCUCAGUGGCAUCCGGCUUCUUCAGCCGGUUUCGUCGCACCGACUCCGUCAUGGGCUCACCGACAGGCUCUGCUACGCCUUCCCUGGCGCCCUCUCUCGCAUCCUUGAGUCAGGACAACGAUAGCCUAGCUGCGAUGAACACUCGUCUACACAACCGCAACGAAGAGCUGAUGCAGCAGUCUGAACUCAACCAAUCACUCUUACAGGAGACCUCUGAAGCGUUAACAGCGAAGGAGAGCGAACUUGUGAAGCUGAAAGAGAGGUUUCACUCCAACGCUGAAGCUACCAAUGAGACUAUUCAGGUUCUCGGAGAGCAGCUCCAGACUCUAACCGAGCAGCUGGCAGAAGAUCAUAACAAAUCUGCAGAGCGCGAGGCUCAACUAUCUGAUUCCGAAGAGCAGCAACACCAGCUCUCCUUGGAAGCCGCCCAUGUGCAAUCCCCGACCCGAGAAGACGUGGACGACUUGAUCUGGGCUAAGCUUCAGGAUAAGAAUAAGACCAUCGACUUCCUGCGUUGUCGCCAGGCCAAGUCUGAUAAGCGCAUCCAGAAGCUGCAGGAGCGUCUGGAGGUUGAGCAGAAUCUGGGGAGGGACUGGGUUGAGACUAUCAUGAUGGUUAAUAUGAAGGUUAGGGCGAGGGCGGAAGCGGGGGAUGAUGCUGAUGCUGGGGUGUAG